CUCCGCGCUUCCCUCUCUUGCAGGCUUGUUUCGCCUCGCUGGUGAGCCAGGACUACGUGAAUGGCACGGACCAGGAGGAGAUCCGCACCGGUGUUGAUCAGUGCAUCCAGAAGUUUCUGGAUGUUGCAAGACAAACGGAAUGCUUUUUCCUACAAAAAAGACUGCAGCUGUCAGUCCAGAAACCAGAGCAAGUAAUUAAAGAGGAUGUUUCAGAAUUAAGAAACGAAUUGCAGAGAAAAGAAGCAUUAAUUCAGAAGCACUUGAGUAAACUCCGACACUGGCAGCAGGUCCUAGAAGAUAUCAGCGUACAGCACAAAAAGCCUGCAGAAAUGCCUCAAGGUCCAUUAGCUUACCUAGAACAAGCUUCUGCUAAUAUUCCUGCCCCAAUGAAGCAAACAUGAUCUUUGAUUUUACAUAUCUGAAUAUUUUCAACAAUGCAAAGCAGUGGUGUUGGUAUUACUUUGUAUGCUUUUUGUUAUAAUGUAAUUUGUACUACAAAUAUAAAUAAUUACGACAGUUAAGC